AUGUUGAUGGUAGGUCAUAACGAGCUGUAAUGCACAAAUAUUGUAUCUAGAAUAACUUUCCAACAUGGACUUUUUUAAAGUUAUCUCACAUGUUGUCUCAUAAUUUUUUUUUUAAGUCUGCCAUGUACAUCGUUAUGGAGUCACAGUUUGACUACUCAGUUGUAAGUACUUUUCAACACGCAGUGUCAUCCUCAAGAUUGUAUUUUGUAUUGUGCACUAAAAUGAAAUACAAACAACAAUUUCAGCAUGACAUGCCUGUUUGGCGGCGAUGGUGGUGCCUGUUGCUCCUGGAGAACAAUUCUUUGAACAGGUAGACAGUUUAAGUAAACUAGAUGUCCUAAUUAACUGGAAGACAAUCAAUAUAUUGUACUUAAAGACAUAUUGUCAUUACAGUUGUGGGAAAAUCUUCGCCCACUGGACCAAAGAAUGUCAAGAGCUCAUUGCUGGAAAGCAUACUCCGGUCUUCAGUCUAAAGAGGAAGGCAGAGCAGCAGGACAUAGAGGUUAGAAAAUUGCCUUGUAAAAACAGUAUUAUCUCAGUGGGAGUCCUUCAAAAUGCACACAGUUGUAUGGAUCAACAUUGUCUCGAUGUAUUUGGUAAUUGA